GAAGAAGAAAACACACGUGUGGUCUGACCGUGGUUUUAAAAACUCGGAAUAUAUUUUUUUAUUGAUUUAAUCUGUUUGACUAGAGUUGAAAAGGAAAAUGCCAAAGGUUAGAGCGGAGAAGAAAAGCCGACAGCACCAAGAUGUUAAGAGCCAAGGGAUCAUGUUCAACACGGGCAUCGGUCAGCACAUCCUGAAGAACCCGCUGAUCGUCAACGGGAUCAUCGAGAAGGCCGCUCUCAGGCCGACAGACGUGGUUCUGGAGGUGGGACCCGGUACCGGCAACAUGACGGUAAAACUGCUGGAAAAAGCAAAGAAGGUGGUGGCCUGUGAGCUGGACUGCAGACUGGUGGCUGAGCUUCAGAAGAGAGUGCAGUGCACGCCUCUGCAGAACAAACUUCAGAUUUUAGUCGGCGACGUCUUAAAAACAGACCUGCCUUUCUUCGACGUCUGCGUGGCCAACUUGCCUUACCAGAUUUCGUCGCCGUUCGUCUUCAAACUCCUGCUUCACCGGCCGUUCUUCAGGUGCGCCGUGCUGAUGUUCCAGAGGGAGUUUGCCAUGCGCCUGGUGGCCCCGCCCGGAGACAAGCUGUACUGCAGGCUCUCCAUCAACACGCAGCUGCUGGCUCGCGUCGACCACCUCAUGAAGGUGGGCAAAAACAACUUCCGACCUCCGCCUAAAGUGGAGUCGAGCGUGGUCAGGAUCGAGCCGAAGAAUCCUCCUCCGCCGGUUAAUUUUCAGGAGUGGGACGGUCUGGUGAGGAUCGCCUUCGUGAGGAAGAACAAAACCCUCAGUGCAGCUUUUAAGUCCACCGCGGUGGAGCAGCUUCUGGAGAAGAACUACAGAAUACACUGCUCAGUACACAAUGUGGAAGUCCCGGCUGACUUCAGCAUCAGCAAGAAGAUCGACGGCGUUCUGCAGGAGGCUCAGUUCAACGAGAAGAGGGCCCGGUCCAUGGAUAUCGAUGACUUCAUGGUGCUGCUGCACGCGUUCAACUCUGCAGGAAUCCACUUUUCAUGAGGAGCCGGUGAGACAGAACCGGAAACCACAUGAAACAAAAGGGCCGACUCAUCUUACUUCUCCUGCUGCAGACAUGAAUUUCCAUGUAAUGGUGAACGGAGGAUGAAAACCUGGUGCAGUUAAACGGCUCAUAUUGAGCCCGUUUUAAGAUGGAUGUAUACUGAUGGAGUAAUGGAGUCCACAUGUCUCCCUCCUUAUGGACCUCACUGAAUUCUCCAAAUAAAUUCUGCAUCCAUAAAACUUUAA